CUUCUUUUUUCAUAUCUUUUCACAAAGAAAAUAACAAACAAAUAUUUUUCUUACAAUCACCGCAUUAUAUGAUUAUAUCUUGAUAUAUUGUUAAAUCUGUUAUCCAAGUUUAUUAUGUUGUGAAAGUGUGACAGAUAAUGAUGCAUCAUCGAUCGAGUGAUAUCCUUUUCUCUUUUCUUCAUUCUACCGUGCUUGAAUACAUAACUCUAUGUGUAUGUUAUUUAAUACUCAUCGAUUUUUCAUCAGAUUCAUAAGUAACUCACGAUGCUUUUUCUCUUUCAUAUGCCAAAUGUUUGAUCACUUUGAAGAUAAAGAAGUAAAAAAUAAUUUAACUGAUCAUUUCUUUUCUAAAAUCGUUAGAAAAGAUGUCUGGAUUAUUUCAGAUUGCUAGCAGUGUCAUGCAGACUGAUUACAAUCAUCGAUUGUUUCACUUUCCAGUUUUCGUUUGACAAGUGUAUUUAUAUGAUUACAUAUGAUAAUUACGAGAGAGAGAAAAAAAAGACAUUAACUUUUCCGAUUGCCAUUCCGGUUAUACUCUCAUUUGAUUAGGUUGACUGGAAGUGUCUAACAGUUAUUGAAUUCGUAUAUGUACUCAAUAAUUCUUUUAAUGAUUCGUUGCGCAUAAGUUCUGCUGAUUCCUACCAUCAAGUUCUUUUGCAUCAACUUUUCAUAUCGAUUUCUAGAUAUCAACAAAUACAUACCUGGGUUAUACGUAAAAUAAAAAUUUCCUAAUGUCCGACUCUACUUUAUCUGACACUGAAUUAUUUGACGAUAACCUAAUGGACACUCAUCAGGUAUCAGCUUUAAUGUUUUUUUUUAUUAUUUAAAAAAAGUGUUUCAUUGACGUUCAUAACAGAAAUAUUUCUCUAUAAUGCCCAGCGUCCUAGCGUCUUGUUGACAGUGAAGACGCUAGAACGCUCUAUCUAAUAAGAGAACCUUUUCUAUGAACAAUAUAGCUAUUUCUCUAUAAUGGACAGCGUCCUAGCGCCUUCACUGUCAACAAGACGCUAGGACGCUCUAUCUAAUAAAGGAACAUUUUCUAUGAACAAUAAAAAUAUUUCUCUAUAAUGGACAACGUCCUAGCGUCUUCACUGUCAACAAGACGCUAGGACGCUCUAUCUAAUAAGAGAACAUUUUCUAUGAACAAUAAAAAUAUUUCUCUAUAAUGGACAGCGUCCUAGCGUCUUGUUGACAGUGAAGAUGCUAGGACGUUUCAGCUUAUGAAAAGAAUAUUUUGAUCGAUAACACAGCUACCUGUCAACGUUAAUUUGAUUGUGUGUGAUGAUGUUGAUAAUUUUCUUUCAGUUAUUUAUUGAUACUGAUUUAAAUGGACGAAAAUAUUGUUGUGUUGAUAAUUGCCAAUUCAAAAUUAACAAUAACUCUAACUCUUUUACUCAAAUGGUAGAUUACAUUUGUGAACUCUGCAAAAAAAAUUUUUGUCUGAAUCAUUUUGUGGAUCAUAUAGAACAAAAAAAAUGUUCGUCGAAUUGCAGAGGUAAGCCAUCAUGUUGUUCAUUCAAAUUGACUUUCACUUCAGCUCUGUUACAAGUGUUUUUUUGAGUGUAAAAUUUAAAAUAUAAUUAUUUUCAGCAGAAUUACCACCGUUGCUUCAACCGAUAGCUACAUCAACUCCAGCUCAUACAGCUCAAUAUCAUUCAUCACUAAAACAGCAAAUGGCUGACAAUGAACAUCAUGUUCACACAAAUCGGUUAACUGAACUUAAUAAUUCAAAAGUAAACAACCAAGCCAACUUUAAUAUGAAACCAGAGAAGCCCGUAAAUGUGCUACCAGUUGGAGUUGCAUCAAAUCAUGGUCUCUCGGUAUUGGAAGAAACCAUACCAGAGAAAUCAACUAUACCAAAACAGAGUAUAACUUCUCAAGGCGGAAAUUCGACAAAAGAAAAUAGCGACAGGUUAAAUCGAUCACAUUUCUUUUUAAAAAAUAUUGUGACAUCUGCGACUUGCAUGGAUGUAUUUAUUUCCAUUGUAACACAAUAUCCAUUGGUUCAAUUAAGCACUAUUCAAAACUCAUCGAAGAUUCAAUAUCUAUGCGUUGCUGAUACAUCAACAUCAUCAAAUGAAAAACUCGUUUCGAUACAUCUAUCUUUUGAAAAAAAAGUCAAUUUUAAACAUAAAUUUCUUAAUCAUCUCUUUCCAGAUCUGAAAAUAUCAGAUUACUUAUUUUUAACAAAUGGCGAUCACUUCAACGCUGAAAUCAAAUCAUCAUCGCAAGGAAGAUACAUUGAAUCAUCAAUUUAUACAUCUAAGAAAGAAAAAAAUGCACCAACCGACGUUUAUCUUCAGAAACAGAAGAAUUCUGCGUCUGCUGCAUUAAAACAAGAAUCUCUUCCUAGCGCUGUCGUUAUACUGAGAGAAAGUCUUCCAUUUGAAUACAUAACAUGUGGGAACCAAAUGAGAAGCAAUAUUGAAUAUGAACUUCAAGCAGCCGAAAAACAGAGAGAAAUUGAAUAUAAACCAGUACAUGAUUCAGCAUCAUUUAAAAUCCCUGAAGAACAUCGAGAGAAAAUAGACGAAUGGUUAAAAAUAGAUUUUCAAAAGCGCAUUGAUGAACAAAUUACUCGAUCAAGAUGUUUAUUCUUGGUUGGACCAACUCAGCACGGUAUCUAA